CCCGAACUCGCCAUAAACCACUCUUGCCGCGAGUGCAUUCCCGACGUGUGUUCCGUGAUCGCGUUUCGCCCGGUCUCCUGAAUGCCGCCGACACCGAUUAUCAUUCUGUAGACUCUACGGGCUAAACAGUUGGCCGGUUAUAAAAAAUCAGUUCUAGGCUGUCUUCCCAUGGUUAUUCCCUCGCUCGUGGCGAACUCCAGACAUUCGAAUCCCGUUUAAAACGUCCUGGGACGUUGCACUACUAUCGCCGUUAAGCGAUGCUUUCCUCCUCGAUCGUCGUCCGGCCGCUCGCGUAACCCGCCGACCCGGUCUGGACCAACUUCGGUUUUGUACGUCAUGAUCUGAUAUCUGGACAAUACGAAAAUAUGACACCGAAAUCGUAGUCGAGAUUUGAAUUAAUGAAACACGGGUAGGUAAUGUGCAUUGAUUUUAGGAAUGCUAUUAUUACUAAUUAGGUACUAAUUAGUAUUAAUAAUCGGUGAAAAGUAAACAGCUUUAUUAAAUCUGUAUUAUAAUUUAUUAAUUUUUUUUUUUAACUACCUAUAUAUAUUAUAUUUUCCUUUUUUUUUUUUAUAUACAAGAUUUAAAUGUAAAGUCAAACCAAUAGUGAAACUAGUCUUAUUUAAAAAACCAUCUGACAUCAACAAUUAUUUUAAUUGACCAAGUCAUAAAAUAACAAAGCUUGAAAAGCGAUUCCAACUCUGCAAACCAGAAGUACAAUAGUCAAGUACCUACUGAGUAAGUAUUUAUAAGAAGUUGUAUUAAUUACAAUUAGGUGUAACUAUAGAACGGCCGUCCUCAGACCCUACUAAGAAACAUUAAUGAUUUUUAACAAAGAUUUUCACAUAUAUACACCAAUUGUUGUCCAAUUUCAGUUAACUUUUUACAAGUUUUUCCUUCACAAGCAAAAGUACUGCAACAAAAUCUAAACUGUUAAAAUUCUAAUUUUCUAAAAAAAAAAAUACAUAAAUAAAUAAUAUUCCUGGGCAAAAUUACCCAGGAACUGUAAGACUUGUAAUCUUACCUUAAUACUAACUUACUCUUAAUAGUUACUUAACUUACUCUUAAUCUUACUCUUAAUACUAACCUUUGUAUAAAUAAGUAGAUAUGUUUUUGGAAUGAAAUAUUCAAAUAUUUGUACAGUUGUGUCUAGUUAUCUUUUUACAACUAGGUAGCCUUUUAUUUAUGACUUCUUUGAAAUAAAAAAUUAUACAUGUAUACACCUAUACAUAGUUCUUACCUACAUAUUAUGCAUGUUCAUUAGAUUUACAUCUUCUUUUAUAAUAUAAAAAAAGAUCUAGUAUUUUAGUUGAAUAGUUAAUUUCAUUUCAACUACCUAUACUUAUUUUCUACAUAAUACAAUAUACUGUCCUUAUUAUUUACGUAAAUAAAGAUAUUAUUAUUAUAUUCACUUAAGUUUAGAUUAUAUAAAUAUACUUAGGUUUAUUUCUUAGAAAAACUAAUUAAAUAAUCUACAAAAAAUUAUCUAUAAACAAUUUUAUUAUAAUUUAAUAUUUAGUCGUAUCAGACCUAUUGAAAAGUUGAUCAUUUUUUUUUUCAAGAGGAUGUUUAUAUAAUAAUUAUUUCUUUCUAUUAUGUAGGUACAUACUAUCACACAAUUUCUUUUCAAAUUGGUAAUUUUAUUUCUAUAUUAUUUGAAUUAAUCAAAUGCUAUCUAACAGUUAUUCUAUUAAUUAUUACUGAAAAGAAAAAGUUUAACAUCCUAUGUAUUAUACAAGCAUAGGUAUAUUAUAACUUACAAAAUAUUUUUUAUGUUUUGAACUACAGUCAAAUCACAAUUGCAUUAUAUUAGGAUCAACUGAAUAAAAUACUAGAUAUUAUUGAAUUUCUUUUGACAAUUAUUUAUUCUGAGUAUUACUAAUUACUUUUGUAAUUUCUUUCAGAUUUAUGUUAGGUAUUACUAUAAUACAUUACUGUAUUAAUAGUUUUUUGAUAAUUCAAAAUUUCCAAUAAAUUAUUACCAAUACACUUCAGUUAUCUUGAUAACUUAAAAAUUCAGUUGAUAGUUUAUGUUUUAAUUUAAUUCCCUUAAAGUUUGAAUUAUGUACUCUUAUAAGUUAUACUUUUUUUAGUUACUAAAAUGUUGAAUAAUAGCUAAUAAUUUAAUUAUAAUACUAGGUACUAAACAGCAACAAAAGGAGAAAUGAGAAGAGUAAUUCUAUGGUAGUGUUUAUGAUACAGACCAAAAUAAUAAAUGUUAUGCUGUCAACCUCUUAAUUAGAAGUAAUUAAAUUGGUUCACUUUCUGUUAUUUACGCUUAAAAUAUGCAUGAUUUGAUAAUAUUUCUUAAAGUAUUUCUAAACAAACAAAAUUAAUUUUAUAAAAAAAAUAUAUGUACACACUAGUCUCAUGAAUAAUAUUAAUUAUAGUUAUUUAUUUAUUACUUCAAUCAAUGUUUUUUCUAUAGUCUAUUAAUAAAUAUUGUUUAUACCAAUAUGUGUUAGUUUUCUAGAGUAAGUACGUUAAAAAAUCUUAAUUCUAAAAUAAAUAAACACUAUGGUUUAAAUAUAGUUUUUGUUUGAAGUUAAAUAAUUAUAACGAUUACACUUAUUCGAAACUUGGUAUGCCGUAUCUGUUUAGUAACAGAUGUAUAAAAUUGUCUCUUUUUAAAUUUUUUAUAAUUAUAAAUAUAAUUUUACUGUAUUCUUACUGAAAAGCCUUCAGCAUAAUAAACAAUUAUAGUUUCACAAUUUAAACAAAUAAAUAAAUACCAACAUUACAAGUACAUUUUGAAAAUAAUUUUGGAUGACCUUUUAUCUUAAUUUAUAAUAUUGUAAUGAAACUGCUAUGGCAAUUAUCAACUAUUAUUAUAAUUUUAUUAAUAAUUGAAUAGUGAUAAUUUUUAUAAUUUGUCAUUAUUUGUUCUAAAUAUAUUAUAUUUUUUUUUUUUCAAAUCAAGUUUUAACAUUCUAUUUCUUCUGUUUUAUAUAUCUAUAUACAUGUUUGUAGUUUGUGAAUAUGGAGGUCAUGAUUUCUUAAUAUUAAUAAUAUUAAUAUCCUUGUGAUAUUGUAUGUGUCCUGCAUUUAAAUCAGUCUGUUUAUGUAGAAGCCAUACUGGGUAAUAAUCAUAUAAUGAAACCUUAUGUCAUAUCAGUUCAAAUACGCUUAAAUGCUUAAUAGCCUUGAGAUAGUAUUUCACACUUUGACGUUUUAUGUUAUAUUUUUUUUUUUAAAAAUGUGGAUAAUAAAAUAUCCGUAUCCAAAUAUAUCAACACUUUUAUGUAAAUUCAAAUAAAUUUUCUAAAAUAUGGCUUUACUCCAAGUAUUUGCUGUUUCUCUGUUUAUUAUUCCCAGAUACUCAAUCUAUCCCUAAGUAUUAGUAUAUACUAUUUGUCAAACAUUUUUUAAAUUUCUCUUGAAAUGUUUAAUUAGUUUUUAGGAUUUUGGUGAAAUAAAUUCAUUAUGUUGAUCAAAGAAUACCGUAUUCCACUUCCAUUGACUGUAGAAGAGUAUAGAAUUGCCCAACUUUAUAUGAUAGCUGUAAGUAUAAAUUUUUAUUUUUUAUCUAUAAUAUUGUUAUACUAACAAAUAUGUUCAAUUCAGAAAAAAAGCAGAGAUGAAAGCAAAGGAACCGAAAGUGGAGUUGAAAUUUUAGUAAAUGAACCAUAUGAAGGUCCUGGUCCUGGUGAUAAUGGAAAUACUAGUGGUGGACAAUAUACAAGAAAAAUCUAUCAUGUUGGAAGUCACAUACCGAGUAAUACUAUACAAUAAAAACUUUUUUGCAAUUUUAAAUUGAAUCAAAGUAUAAGUAAAAUUCAUGAAAAUAACUUGAUAUUAAAAUGUCUGCAGCUUGGUUUAAGGGACUAUUACCGAAGUCAGUGUUAGUUGUUGAAGAAGAAGCAUGGAAUGCAUAUCCAUACACGAAAACCCGUUAUACUUGCCCUUUUGUUGAAAAAUUUUCAUUAGAAAUUGAAACGUACUAUUAUCCUGACAAUGGAUCUCGUGAUAAUGUCUUUAAAAUGUCUCAAAGUGAACUUCGAAAUGUUUCUGUGGGUAUGUAUUAAUUUAUAAUAUUUAUUGAAUAUUAUAUUACAAUAUAAUAUUUUAUGAAUUAAUUUAGUUUAUUAUUUAUUUAAAGUUAAAUUGUAAUAAAAAUAUGUUAGAAAUUUUGAUUCUUAUAUAUUUAUAUUUCCAUCAGACUUAAUAGAUAUAGUAAAAGAUCAAUUGACCGGAACAGAUUAUAAUAAAGAUGAAGAUCCAAAAUUUUAUGUCAGUGAUAAAACAGGUCGAGGUCCCUUGCCUGAAAAUUGGAUAGCGGAGUACUGGAAAGAAUGCCAAGUAAUUAAUUACUUAUUAAUAUCAACACUUGAUACAAGUUAAAUAUUAAUUAUGUUAAUCUUGUUUCCAUUUUAAAUUAUUAAUUGUAGAAUAAUAGUAUGCCAACCCAAUCAGGAAAGUCUAUUAUGUGUGCAUAUAAAUUAUGUAAAGUAGAAUUUCGUUAUUGGGGUAUGCAAACAAAAAUUGAAAAAUUCAUUCAUGAAGUCGGUAAAUUUAUUUUUACAUUUAUAUGGUCAUUUAGUUUUUAAAAUGUGUGUUUUUUUAUUAAAGAAUAUUAAAUUUAAUUCAUAAAUAGCUUUGAGAAAAACUAUGGUCAAAGCACAUCGUCAAGCAUGGGCAUGGCAAGAUGAAUGGGUAAAUCUGACGAUGGACAAUAUUCGAGAGAUUGAACGAGAAAUUCAAGAAGCUCUUAAACAAAAAAUGGGUAGUAAUAGUAGUGACUCUGAAAUAUGUGAAGGAAAUAGCGCCAUUGAUGAUACAAAAAAUACUACCAAUCUAGCUGCCACAAUGGGUAGUAUUGAAAAAAGCGAUUUAGAAGUAGCUACACCUAUUACAUCAAAACGUAUGCAUGAUUCAACAUUAUAUUCUCCAGCACCGUGUGUAUCUAAUAGUUCUGAUGUAUCAAGCAGUGGUCCUCAACCAUCAAAAAACAUGUAAAAGUUAUAAUUUUUAUAAAAACAUCUAAAAUAUAACUCAUCUUUUUUUUUUUUUUAGGCGAAUACCCGUGAAAAACAAUUGGAAUAAUCCUAAAUCACAACUACCAUCACCAGGAUCUACUUUAAGUUUUGAUACUGCACCCAAUUGGAGAAUGGAAAGUUUGAUUCGAGAUUCUGAUUCUGAUUUAAGUAAUGAUGAUGAAUUUUUCGAUUGUCAAGGUAAAUAACAACAUUGAUUCUAGUUUUAUAAUAUUUGUUGAUUUUUGAAAAUAUAUUGGCCUAGUUAUUAGUAUAGUAUUUAUUGUUAUGGGCUAAUUUUUAUUAUUUAAAUUAAAAAACAUAUAUAAUUAGCUAACAUAUAUGCAAUUAUAUGAUAUAAUUAUUUUUUUUUAAAAAUAAAAUUUUAAAUUUGUGUUUGUUUUUAUAUUUUUAAAAGCUUUACUAGCCAUUACAACUCUUUGCUUCUAAAAUCAGUAUAUUCCAUUCUUUUCUUAAAUACAUAAUUCCUGUUCAGUUUCGUUUCCAUUUGAUCUUUUUUAAUUGGGUCCAGGGAUCUAUGCUUUGGUCAUCCCCGUGAUAUUUUCCGGUUUGCUGAAGGAUUUCUUGUCAUUUUUAUUCUUGUUUUUUUUCUUGAUUAACUCUUAGUCAUGAAGCUCUCAGCUUCAUUAGCUUGCCAGUCCUCAAUAAAUAGUGUCUCGGUAACAUCUUAUUAGAAACUACUAAAACACUCUAAAUUUUCUGUAUACACUAGGCCAGCCCUGAUUCAUAUCUCAUUUGUCCUUUAGGUAAACUCCUUAUUAUUUUAUUAUUAUUAGUUGAACACCUCCUGUAUCAGGGCAUCUAAAGCUUUUUUUUACUGUAACUGUUAGAAAAUUCUGAAUUUCGCUCAAAAUCCGAAUGACAACAUAUCACCCCUUGACUGGACAUAUUUCAACAGUUUUCCGAUCUCUUAAAACCUGUUCUUUCUAAUAUAUUAACAAGACUAAUUUGUAAAUUUCUAUUGUAAUCUGUAUUUAAACGUUUUCAUUUCCUCUAUUUUUCAAAUGUAUUUAUAGUAAAAACAAUUACAAUGUUCACAUAACAUUAGGUACAACUCUACAAUUAAUUAAAUUAGAUUACAUAUUAUAACAUUUAUUUAAAAAUAAAAAUACCAAUAAGUAUAUGUAAACAGAAAAAUUAUAAUGAAGAAAAAAUGAAGAAAUUAUCUUCAAAUGAGAUUGGAUUAUGUAAAGAAUUACAUUGUGUAGUGGAACGAGGCAGUAAAAUGAACAUGAUUUGAAUCAUAUUUAAAAUUAAUUUUGUGAUAGUAUUCAAAUAUGUAAAGAUAUGCAAUUUAGUAAAAAUUUAACUUCCAUUGAGAAAAGGUACAAAAAGAUACUAAUUAAAUUACAGGAGAUCUAAAGAUGAUUAAAAAACCAAGGAAAAUGUAAUGGUUAUUGACAUUUCAUGUCCUAAAAGUACACAACAAGAAGAAAAUGAUGAGAUAAACAUAAAUGUAGAACAGUGCUUCUCAAACUUUUUUGUCAUGGGGCCCCUUAAAUUUAAUGUAAAACUGUCAAGACCCCCUUAAUCAUAAUCAUUAAUUACUUUUUCUUAAUUAUAUACUAAAAUUACUUAUGUUCUCAGAUAAAUUAUUAAAAUGUAUAGUAAAUUAAUAUUUUUUAAAAUACUUUUGAAAACAACUUCAAUACUAUGUAUUAAACUUUAAAGAUUUUUUUAGUACAAAUAAAUUGAUAAUAAAUAUAAAACUUUAUAAAUAUAUCCAGUAAAAAUGAUGAUAAUUAUUAAUGUGACAGGCGGGCUUGUUUAUUUUUACAUAACAUAUUUAUGUCUGGUGUGACAUUUCACGGCCCCCCAAGUAAUAUAUCUACGGCUCCCAGUUUAAGUAGCACUGAUGUAGAAGACACUAUUUUAACGAAAAAAAAAAGUUUUUAAGAAUCUAUGAUAAAUGCCAGAAAAUAUUCAUUAUUUAGUAAUUAUAAAAAAUAAAAAAUUAAUUAGAUACCUUUUGUAUUUCUAAGUAUACUUUUUUUUCUAAUCUAAUUAGUUCAACUACACAAUUAUAGAAGCAAUCGUAAUUGUUUUUUUUUCUUAUAGUAGACAUAAAAUGAUUAAAUAGAUAUUUUGAUAAAUAGUUGAUUAACUAUUACUUUAAUCAUCAAAAUUUUAUUUUCAGAAACUCUACCAACUUCUGAGAUAGUUUCUCUCUCUAAAUGGAGCUCUUUGACAAUAUUAAAUGAACAAGAAGACGACUCUUCCAGUAUUCCUGAUAAAGAUGGUUAGUUUUUUAAAAUUUUGUGUUAUUAAAAUAAAUGUAUGAAGAUGACAAAAGUGUGUUUAUUAUUUUAUAGAUGAUAGUAUAUUUUCUCCUACCUAUAAAAAAUCAUCACCAUUCAUUCAACGGGGUCAUAGUGUUGAUACGUGUCCUGGUUCACCUGUAGUCAGUAAAGAAACUAAUUGUCAAAUAAGUACACUGUUAAUGAUUAUACAUUCUGGCAGCGUAUUAGGUAAUAAAAUGCCAAUUUUUAAUUUAAUACUACUAUUAAUAAAAAAAAAAAAUUAGAUACUAACACAGAAUAUAUUUUAGAUGCCAAUUCAGAUAUAAUGUCAAAAAAAUCAGAUUUCACUACAUUUAGAGGAGCGUUUGAAUCAGUCAUGCGACAACACUAUCCAAACAUGAUUGGUCAUGUUGCGAUGAGACUUAUUCCUUGUCCUUCUAUUUGUGCUGAAGGACUUAGUGUGUUAUCAAAGUAAUAUACAUAUAUAUUUGAAAAGUGUAAUUGAAAUGAUUUUAAGCCCUGAGUGAUUAUUUUUAGGUUAAGCCCUUAUAGUUUUGACGUGUCUCCGUCCGGCAUGGAGUGUACAAAUAUUACACAUGAUUCCGUUCCAAUAGGUGCUAUUCCAAUACUAUCUGGUUGCUCACAUGACUAUAAAGAUAUUGUAUCCAAUGUUAUCCGUAUGGCAAAUCAAAUAUAUCGAGAUUUCAUCAAAUCUGAUGAAGGAUUCGGGUUCAAUGGCCGAGUAUAUUUUAUAGGUUGGUUUUUGUACAAAAGUUAUUCAACUUAAGUACAUACUAUGUAUUGUUUAUUUGUUUUAUGUUUGUUUUUAAAUGUGUAUAUAUAAAUAGAAUUGUUAUCGAGGGUGUGCUUUUAAAAGAUUAAACUUCCAACUUCAACUUUACCAUCUAUUUGUAUGUUAGCAAAAGUUUGAUACAACUUUUUUGUUAAAUUCCUUAUCAUUAGCGAAAGGUUAUAAGAAAAUUAUUUUUACCUCUAUGAAGGAAAGGGUAGUAGAUUGUGAAAUAGAAGAGAUCGUAAGACUUGGUUAAUGUAUGUUUACAAAUCAUAAAUAAAUACAAAUUUAAUAAUAUUAACCUCAGUAACUCUGGCAACCAGAACUAUAAUUUUAAAAUUUUAAAAAUAUAUAUAAUAUAGUAAUGGCAACAAGUUAACUGAGAGAAAAUUUGACUCAAGUGAUAGAUAUUUGCUAUUCAUUUUUUUUAAACUAUAUUACCUCAAAUUUAUAAAUAUUAUUAUAUAGGAGAUUCGAUGGGUUCAGUAAUAGGAUAUGAUGCUUUGUGUAAAAAACAAGAAUCAAAUGUACCACCCGAUUCAAGUAGACAUAGCACACCAGAACACAUUCAUAAAAAAAUUGACAACGGUAACCAAAUACUUUUUUUUUUUUUUGAUAUCCUAAAAACUUUUAUAAUUAUAAUUUUUAUCUUAGACGAUUGCACUUCUGUGGCUAGUUUGGACUCUUCUUUUAAAGUUUUAGUUACUCCGCCUGUUAGAAGAAGAUCGUCAACAAGGUAUUUUCAAAUUAAAUUGCCAUUAGUUUUAUACUAAUAUACGAAUGUAAUCAUAAUAAACAUGACUGUAAACUUUAUUUCAGUGAUAAUAAUGUUUCUUUGGAUUUUGAAGUAAGCGAAAUGUUCAUGUUUGCAUCUCCUUUAUCGCUUGUACUAGCAUUUAGGAAAAUAUCAGCACACAAAUACGAUAAAUCUAGUAAGUUAAUAAAGUAUUUACUUUAAUAUGUAUGUAAGUUUAUUUUCAGUUUAACAUGUUUCUCUUUUUAUGCCUGUUUCAGCUUCAAUCCAACGUCCGGCAUUGCAACAAGUGUAUAAUUUGUUUCAUCCGUCUGAUCCUAUUGCAUCUAGAUUGGAGCCUUUGAUUUCUGCCAAGUUUUCGAUUUUACCACCAGUUAAUAUUCCACGAUAUCAAAAAUAUCCUCUCGGAACUGGUCAACCAUACUAUUUACGUAUGUAAACAAAUCAGUUUAAAAAAAUUAUUUUGUUAUUUUUCAUUGUACAAUCUGUUUUGUAUGUAGUCGAAGCAGUGCAAACAAACCCUCAAUUGUUCACAGAACACAACCAUGCUAGGCGUACGUCUGAGGCGAGUAUUUUGAGUACGGUAUCUGGAAUAGGCGAUACACUUCCAAUUCAAGCCAUAAGUAAAUGUGAGUUAAAGUUAAAAAAUUAUGAUUAUCAUAACUUUAAUUUCCAUUAUGAUUUUAGUAACGAAAAAAUGGUGGGGUACUAAACGGUUGGACUAUGCAUUAUAUUGCCCUGAAGGAUUGUCAAAUUUCCCUACCAAUGCUUUACCUCAUAUAUUUCAUGCUAGCUAUUGGGAAUCUUCAGAUGUCAUUGCAUUUAUUUUAAGACAAGUAAUGACAAUAUAAUGUUCAAAAUAUGAUUGAAGUUGGUGUUAAUAAAUUUGUUUUUUCAGUUUGCUGUUUUUGACUAUAACAGUUCAAUUGGAAAUGAAGAAAAAGACGAGAUAGCUAAUUUCAGUCCAAGUCAACCACGUGAAAAAUGGCAAAGAAAAACAACUUUCAUUAAAAUCAAAGUAAACAAACUUUACAUAUUAUUAUCAAACAUUAUACAUUUAUGGUAUUUGUUAUUGUGCUACCAAACAAGUAUUUAUUUAUGUUUAUAAUCAUAUACAGAAUUCUACUGCGAGUCAUCGCGCCAAUGAUGUGAUUAUCCGUGAAGGUUUACCACAAACAAUUAGUGCUCGUUUUAUUUAUGGACCAUUUGAUAUGUUUUCGCUAGCUGGUAUUUAUUUAUUUAUUAACAAGUCAUUAAAUAAAUAGUUAUAUUUAUGUAUUUAUUGGAAUUAUAUUUUUAUAUUUUCAAAGGGGAAAAAGUUGAUAUCCAUAUAAUUAGAGAAUCUGGUAAUGGUGAAUGGACGCAUUUAUCUACAGAAGAUUCGGAUAAAAAUGGACGAGUUACGUACACAAUACCCGAAAAUAAAUCUCUUGGAUUUGGAAUUUAUCCUGUUAAAAUGGUUGUGAGGUAAAUAUUAUUAUAUAUUUGUUACAAUUUCAACACAUGUUUUGGUUAUUUUAAAUUUUUUCAGAGGAGAUCAUACAAGUGUUGAUUUUUUGUUAGCUGUUGUACCGCCUCAAACUGAAAUUGUUGUCUUUAGCAUUGACGGUUCAUUUUCUGCUAGUGUCUCUGUUACUGGUCGCGACCCAAAAGUUCGACCAGGCGCUGUUGAUAUAGUGAGGUGAUGUAUAUAAAGACAAUUGUUUUAUCCAAGUUGUGUAUUUUAACACACUUCUUAUUUGUUAAAUUUGAAUGUUGUGUAAUCAGAUGAUGAUGAUGAUGGUAAUUUUAAAUUUUUAAAAUGUAUGCUAUUUAUAUUGUUGAUAUUUACUGUAUAUCAGUAGGUUCAAUCUUAGAUCAUAUAAUAUAAAAGUUCAAUACUUCAUAAAAUUUGAAACUUUUUGAGUAGUAGAUAACUAAAAUGUAAUUUUCCAGACACUGGCAAGAUUUGGGAUAUCUAAUAGUAUACAUUACUGGUAGACCUGAUAUGCAACAGCAACGUGUCUUGUCCUGGUUAAGUCAACACAACUUUCCACAUGGACUUGUUUCAUUCGCUGAUGGCCUUUCUACAGAUUUUUUAGCACAUAAAAUUACAAUGCUUAAGAGUCUUGUACAGGUAAAUUAAUAGUGUAAUAAUUGUCAUAUAUUAAUUUUAUUUCAUAUAAAUUUCAUUUCUUGUUUUUUUUUUAUUUCCAGGAUCAUAAGAUGAUUAUACAUGCUGCUUAUGGAAGCAGUAAAGACAUAUCUGUAUAUAGUGCUUUGGAUCUGAAACCUAAACAGAUCUUUAUUAUAGGCAAAGUGGGCCGUAAACACCACGCUAUGGCUACCGUGUUGAGUGAUGGUUAUGCUGCACAUUUAUCUGCUUUACAGUGUCAUGGAGGAUCUAGACCAGCUCAGGGAAAUGCUCGAAUGCUAUUGACUUCACGCGGACGAUUCGGGCACAAUGCUUCUAUGAGGCGUAGGAGGUGUGUAUUUUACGUAUUUCUGUAUCAAUAAUAAUUAAUUCAUAAUGGAUUUAUGACAUAUUUUUUCUUUAUGAAAAUUAAACUUCUAAUUUAUAAAUUAAUUAACAUAGUGUUUAUGCUUUUAUUCGGGAAAAGUCUAUUUAUAAUAGUAUAUUUCAGUAAUAAUAUUUAUCAAAAAUAUGGUUUGCAAUUUUGUUAACAACAAGUUAAAUUAAGUGUUAAAUCAAAAUAUAUCUCACUGUAUUCAAAAAACAAGUUCACUUUUUUAAAAAUAAAAAGAAAUAAACAAAUUUCUUCUGAAUAAAAAAAUAAAAUAAAUAAUGGCUGCUCUUAAAAUUAUCGUUACAUAAACUUGUCUUAAUCAGGUGUCCAGAGAAGAGAUCUGGUGAUACACACGGUUCCAAUAAUUGAUCAAUACUUGACCGCAUAUUAUGGUGCAAGUAAAUGUCAGGUAAACAAUCUGAGUAUGUGUUUUGUGUGGAACAAAAUUUAAUAUAUUCGUAUUUCCAAUACAUGUACUUGAACUGUUAAUGAAAAAAAAAAGUUUUUAAAAUAUGUGCACACUCUAGUAUACCUAUUUCUUUCUUGCCCCAACCCAUGCUUUUUUUUUAUAUCCAUCUGAAAUAACUGUAGUAAGAAUUACACUGGAAAUGAUCAAUACACCUAUAUUUUUUUUCAAUUGUCUUGUUUUUCAUCCUUUUUAAACCUAUUAGUAUGUUAUACAUUGUUAUGCUUAUUAUUUCUGCACCUUCAUCAUGAUAAUAUUAUUAUUACUAUUUUUAAUGUGUUGAUUGAGGGCAGUCUGUAUCUGGACUAGCACCUUCAAAACUAUUUUACAUACCAUUACUCUAUGUAUGUUUUGUACAAUAAUUAAUGAAUUAUUCAAUUUGAUUUUAGCUAAGUAUUUUUUUUUUUUUCUAUUCUCUUUUAACAGGUCUGCGAAAAGGACAACGUCAUUCCCACUAUGUUCACUGACCAGAUCCACUAGCCGUAACAGAUAUGAUAACCUUUGAUGUUGUUCUUGGUCGUGUUUUCAACGCCAUUCCUCUGAUGGUUCCUGAUGACAGUAGUGUGAAUGACGUCUGCGUACAUGUACCGAAAGAAAAUUUGUUACGAUAAUACUAUUACUGUUGCCGUUAUUACUAUUGUUAUUAUUAUUAUUAUUAUUGUUAUCAUUAUCGUCCUUAUGAAUAUUAUUAUAUUAUUAUAAUUAACUACCCCACUUUAAUAUUUUAUUGUCCUGUUUGUAUUUUUAUUGUAGGUUUUGAAAUUUGUAUAUCUAUGUUAUUUAAUAUUUAUUAUUAUUGUAUCGUUACCAAUUUAGCACAUUCCUAUUUUUUUUUUUUCGCGAUUUUAUUUCAUUUUCAUUCUGUACAUAAUAUCAUAUAAAUAUAUAUAUAUAUAUAUAUAUAUACAUUUUAAUAAUCAUAAUUUCUAUUUCAUUGUUAUUAUUUUAACUAUAUAAUAAUAUUAUUAUCUUGUAAUAAUUACUGUACAGAUUUAAUUUUCGUUAAACAUGAGAUAUUGUAUCUUAACAAUCAUCAAAAGGCUGUGCCGAGCAUAUUGACAAUGUUCAGUACAAAAUCUAAGCUUCUAAUAAUAUUAUUGCCUUUAAUAUAUAUAUAUAUAUAUAUAUAUAUAUAUAUAUUUUUUUUUUGUUUUAUUAUUAUUUAUUAUAAUAGGAUUAUUAUUAUUUUGAUUUUCUUGUUAAAUUUUCAAACUGCAAUUAUUAUUACUAUUCAUCUCAACGAAGACAUUUUAUACUUGUUUAUAGUCUUAAUAUUUUCUAGUCUAAUGUGUUGAUCAAAAACAAUUUUUUUUUUUUUCGUCAGAUAUGUCAGACCUGUAUCAUAUAUAAUCAAAAUAUCUACGAAUGAAAAAUAAUAUUUUUGCGUAAAAAAACGAAUAUGUGAUAUUUUUUUUUUUUUAUUUUUUUUUCAUAAUAUUGUUGACUGCCCUAGACUAAUCAAAACUUAAUGUAAGUUUGUAUAAUUAUUAUUGUCAAAGGUUACAUUAAACAGGCAGGCACAUUAAGUUUCAUUGAUUUGAGUCUUCAGGCUCGUGUGAACCUCAAUUUAAUAACUUUGUGUCUGACCAAAGAAAAUGCUCUAGACAUUUACUACACGCUAUAAACAAUAUAUUUUAAAGUUAUCACCGUCUGACUCAAAUAUUAUGAUGCUAUAUUAUAUGAUUUAUCAAAAUAACUGAAUA